CCCUGCUGCCCACCCCCUCCUCCCCGACGUUGAGCUGAGUUUAUCUUUGCCAGGGACCUGACCAUCCUCUGUCCUGUCGUGCGCGACAUCAUCUGGCCCAUGAAUUGCGCUCUGAAGCAAUGCAUCGCAGGCCAGGCCAUGCCCCUCGAAUCGCCUGAAGGUCCGGGAGCGAGCAGGCAUCUACAAAGUAGACGUGCGCAUACAGGUUUACGUGAUGGUUGACGUGAGCGUGUCUGACGAUGUUCGGGCACUGGGGUGAAGAGCCAUGCAAUCUGCGGCAUCGUGAUGAGAACGAGCGGGCUCCUCGGCCAUGUCCGUUUUGGAGAAUGUCAACAGAACUGGCCGUGCCCGACGCCCAUGACACAGCCCAGACCGGCGACGCUCGCUCCCGUCGGCUCCAAGGUGACCAGACGGCCGUCGGGGGAGCGAACUGGCCGAAUCUGCGCCUCGGGGGUGCGGCGAGCGACGCCAUUGGCCCUGUCGUCGUUCGGGUACAGAAGCCACAGCAGAUUGCCCACCAAGCGCUGGGCAGGUGGCGGGUUAGUGGCCGCUGGGGCGUGGCGGAGCAGAGACAGGGACCUUGGCUUCCCACCAGGCCACAACAUGAAUUCAAGCCAUCCACCUCCCUCAUUGGUCCACGGCCUUCACCUUUGGAAAACCGAUCGCAUCUGCCUGGACAGGGCCGCAGAGCCAAGAAACGAGGAGAUUGGCAGUGGUGGCAGUGCAUCAGAGCGACCACGGCGCUGAACCAGCACGAUAAUAAGCCAGGGCCCGCCCUAGACGGUGCAGCCGGUGAACACAGUCUUCGAAGCGAGCCGUGAUGUAUCGCGCGAGUGCGGACGGAGUUGUGCAUCUCCUCGACGAGAGCCCAGCACAGCAUGGCAGGGCACAGCACAGCACCAAUUCUGAUCCCGUUACGUGAUUCAGCUGACCACCUGGUCCCUGUAUCCUUGUGCUGGCGCGAAUGGGCGGGCACCAAGUCGGUCACCGUAUUACUACUAGAAUGAAGUAAACUUACCCGCGACAGAACAGACGUCGCAGCUAAAUAUAUGCAUGUUGUUUGCCGUGUCGAAUCCAGCAGAAUCCUGGGGUCGACGUUUCAUCUUUCGACAUUGGGUUGGAUGCCCAGCGUCAGGUUUCGCUGUGAAACGUGAGCCCGCGGCUUUUGCAGACCCCGACUUGGCCGAUCGACCGUUUGACGGUGCGACCGUGAAGGGACGACGCUAUGACUUUGGGAAGGGGUCAGACGGGCACCGUUCUGUACGGACCAGAGGCUCAUGGGCGUUGCCGUUUCGUCGGGCCGCAGCCGUGUACGUGUAUCGAUGAGGCUGUCGCAGCUUUGCCACAACCCAGGCGAUCCUCCCGCGAGACAAGAAUAGCAG